AUGUGGGACGUGCUGGACGGCCGUUCGCUGACCGCCGAGGCUCUGGCCCGUGCCGCUGUUGUCGUCGCUGUGGAAGUGCUUCUACUUGGCACUUCAUUCCUCAAUAUAUGCGUCAUAUUCACCACUGCCGACUUGUACGACGUGAUCGGAUGUUACUUGAUAUCGUUGUCGGUUGCGGAUCUGUUGGCAGCAUUAUUCAUCGUACCGCUUAGUUUGUAUAGUACGUUGGAUCCAACUUGGCGAUUUAUGGGCGAUAAUUCCCUCGUUUGUAAGGGUAGCGCCUAUCUUCAAAUCGCAUUGUUUUGUUCCACCGUCUACACAUUCGCAUGGAUUUGUAUCGAUAGCAUGUCGAUAGUGAAUGGUCCAAGCAGUUGGUAUUUUAUGGCGAAAAAGAAAGAUUACGUCUGCGCAGGUGUGGUCUCGCUUGGUCUGGGAGGAAAGCCGUUAAUAUGA